AUGGACGGCUAUUUCUCGCAGUUUGGUCCUGUCGAGCACUCCGUCGUCAUGUUUGACCGUAACACUGGCCGUUCCAGAGGGUUCGGCUUCGUUGUGUACAGCCAGGUCACGGACAUGGAAACCUGCCUGGCAAGUGGCCCGCAUGUUCUUCUGGAGAAGACGGUUGACGUUAAGAGGGCAUCUCAGGGCCCCUCACAGAAUGGUGGCAAGGCAGGUAGUGUGUUGAGGCGGGGAACAUACCAUCUCACUCUGAAGUAUUGUGGAACUCGAAGGUACGGCAGAGUAGCGGCUCCCAGCGAGAGUAGUGACAACCCAUGUAAGGUCUUCGUUGGCGGCUUGCCCAACAGUUGUGAUCAAGCACGUUUGAAUGACCACUUUUCCCGGUAUGGUACAGUAGCUGAAGCCCUGGUUAUGUACGACCGCGAUACUGGACGUCAUAGAGGGUUUGGCUACGUUAUUUACUCGUCACCGGCUGACGCUGAGGCUGCUAUUGCAGGCGGAGAUGCUAACGUGAUUGAUGACAAACAUGUGGAGGUUAAGCAUGCCCGUCGCGAGGGAUCUCGUGGAAAGGGCGAAGGGCGCCCAAUGGGGUAG